AUGCCCGACGGUUACCGGAAGUACUACAGCAUGAAGCGCGAUGCGGAGAAAUUAUUUGAGAAGUUCUUGUAUGAUAGCGGUCUGCCAAGGGAAUCAAUUUUUCCUAAUUUACGGAUACCAGAUUUUAAAGGUCAUCAGAAACGAGAGAUAGACUUUAUCUUGAUUCACGUUAGCGGUAUAUACACGCUGGAAAUAAAAAAUUGGUCUGGGAAUCUUAGUUUAAGUGCAGAUGGUCAAAAAUGGAUCCAAUCAAGGUCUGGAGGUAGAGAAUCUGUUGAGUAUGGAAAUGUUUUGACGAGUCUUGAAAAUAAAACACAGGUACUUCGUAAAUAUCUUUUCAAAAAGAACAUAACAAUUCGUAAAGAUUACUUGAAGCCAAGAGUAAUAUUUAUGAAUAAUAAAAUUCAUAUUGAUGAGAGAAUUGGAAGCAAACCUGAAGUUAUCCUUCCAAAUAAACGAAACGAUUUCAUUAACGGGUUUCUAAAUGGUUCCCUCCUUCCAAAUGAUCAACCUCUACCUAAGAAAUUACAAAGUAAAGUCGUUACAGUUUUGAAGAAUGUUAGUACAUGGGAUGUGAUGCAUUUGAAUGGUGGUCAGCAAUUGUAUGGGGAUUUGAAAUGUUCUUCAGUUGAUCGUAACGCAAUUGAUUAUCUUGUCUUUUCUCACAAGAGAGAUCUACUAAAAGGCUGCUUUUUGGCUCUUUGGGGACGUAGUCCUUAUGUUAAAGUAUCUCCUCACGAAAGAGGCAAAAAUACGUAUCAAGAAAAGUAUCGAAUCCCAAUUGAUGAAGAGUUCAUAUUUCGUGAAUGUGGUCAUGAUGCCGACACUAGUAUUCAAGCAAAUGAAAUUGACAAAAUCCAACUAAGUAUUUAAGCAACCUUUUAAUGCCCAUCUAUUGUAGGUUUGGAGUAAUUUAGGAUUGUGCAUGGUAGUUUUAAUUGUAAAACCUUAAUUUUUUAGUUUUAGUUUAGGUUAUAGUUUUAGCAUUUGUUUUUUGAUAAUUUAAUUCAUGCUCUAGUUUAACUAUAGGCUGCAUUAUUGUAGAAUGCUCAGGAUUUAGGCAUACAGGAAAUUCAAUUUCUUGUUGAGGGCAGAUUACCCAACCAAAUUUUUUUUAGCAUUGUCCAUUGUUGUAAUUUGUAGUCAUAUGAAAGUUAUUGUUUUAAAGCAAUUGGUCAAGUAAACUGACAUUCGUUCAAGAUCAUAGCCAAUGAUUCAAUUGCUGCUAGUCACGAGCCCUAAAGGCAUGAGAUUGAAGUCUGGAGAGUGUUUUUCUUAAACCUGUAAAUUGCUAUUUACUGCAUUUUUGAGGACACUUUAGUACAAGAAAAUGUGAAAAAGGCAUUGAAAAUAACUGACAAAAGGCUUUUUGGUAUGUGUGGGAAACAGCACUUUAAAUCUUAGUCAUUUACUUGCCCAAAAAGCCACCUCUUCUCAAUACUGGGAGAGCCUAGCCCCUUGGAUUUAGCUGCUAAAUAGCAUUUCAUUAUGGUGCAAAUUAAUAAAAAAUUGUACAUUCGUAAAA